GCUCUUCCGGUUAGCCUUCCGCUGCUUUAAAUCUAACUUGCUAACAGCCGCUCGGGCGACAGCGAUGUCUGUUCUCGGUUGAUCGUCGGCUUUAAACCGACUGCCGGUGUAACGGUUCCCCCGCUGAGCUCCAUGUCGCCGCGGGGUUGCUCCGCCGUCCUCCUCGGUGUAGUCUCGGUGUCGGGGCGAAGCUAAGCGGCUAGCCCGGGGUUUCCGCCUCCGAUCGCCCCGGCAGGACCGCUCUGUUUGUUCCGCGCAUUCUUCGACCUCCUAGCCGCUAAAACGGGCUCAUAAACCGGAACAACGGGACCCUGUCGCUCCAAACGGAAUUUUGUUUAAAAAAAAAUAAAUUAAAAACAAUUAGUUACACGUCUUUGAACAUGAGGACUUGAUCUGUGCUCAGCGUCAGCGGCUGGCGUUACCACCGCCGACGCCUCUUUUGUUUUGACUAAAAGCAGGAAGAGCGGCUGAAUUUCUUCAUUUUUAUUUAUUUAUUUAUUUUUAUUUAUUUUUCCGCUUCUCCCCACGUCAGGGGCGGGUAGGGUAGGGGGGGGGGACGCUUCUCCUUCAUGGCUCCCAACAAGCAGAGCUCCUCCUCGGCCGGAGGCCAACACCAUGUGGGUUUCGGUCCUGCGGCAAAAGCCAACGGCUCGUACCAGCCGCCCUCCGCCGCAGCCAGGAAGCCCAGCAUGCAGCUGAUCCAGGCCGACCACGAGUUGUUCCUGCAGGCCUUCGAGAAGCCGACGCAAAUCUACAGGUUCCUGCGCACGAGAAACCUGAUAGCCCCCAUCUUCCUGCACAGAACAUUAACUUAUAUGUCCCACAGAAACUCGAGGAGUAACGCCAAACGGAAAACCUCCAAGGUUGACAAUCUGUUGUUCAAAGUGGAGAAGAUGCGAGGCGAGCAGGAGACUCUGGGCUUGGCCUCUAAUCUGCAGCUCACCUUUACUGGUUUCUUUCAUAAAGCUGGAAAACCGUCUCAGGACAGUGAGAACGAGGAGAUCUCCGUUUCUCUGGAGGUCCUGCUGGUUAAAGUCUGCCACAAGAAGAGGAAGGACGUCAGCUGUCCGGUGAAACAGGUCCCAACAGGGAAGAAGCAGGUCCCUCUGAACCCGGACACCGGUGCCGGAGUCCAGGUCAAACUGGGCUCCCUCCCCACGCUGCAGGUCCCCAGCAGCGAGUUUGAGCCCAGCAACUCGCACAUGGUCAAGUCUUACUCUUUGCUCUUCAGAGUAUCGAGGCCCGGAUGCCCCAGAGGCCCGAUGAACGGGCUGACCAACGGAGAGAACCACCACAGCAGAGAUUUCUCCGACGAAUCCGUCAACAGGAAGAGGAGGAGCUCGUCUCUCAGGGAGGAGGGAGAAACCACGUUUGUGGCUCAGAUGACGGUCUUUGAUAAAAACAGGCGUCUGCAGCUGCUGGACGGGGAGUACGAGGUCUCCAUGCAGGAGAUGGAGGAGUGUCCCGUCGGGAAGAAGAGGGCGACCUGGGAGACCAUCCUGGAUGGGAAGCGUUUGCCUCCGUUUGAGAGUUUCUCUCAGGGUCCGACGCUGCAGUUCACCCUACGCUGGACCACCGAACCCUCGGAUUGCUCCACGGCCCCCGUGGCCAAACCUCUGGCCACACGCAACGCCGACACCAACCAGGACACCCGGCCGAGCGCACAGAGAGCCACGCACGCCCAGGCGGUCAAAGAGUCCGUCAGCGCCGACGUCCAAACCAGGAGAGAGCAGAUCUCAGCGGAGCCUCGACAGAAGCUGCGCAUCUUCUACCAGUUCCAGUACAACAACAACACGCGGCAGCAGACGGAGGCCCGAGACGACCUGCACUGCCCCUGGUGCACGCUGAACUGCAGGAAGCUGUACAGCCUGCUGAAGCACCUCAAGCUGUCGCACUCCCGCUUCGUCUUCAACUACGUGCCUCACCCCAAAGGAGCGAAGAUCGAGGUCUCCAUCAACGCCUGCUACGACGGCUCGUACGCCGGGAACCCGCAGGACAUCCACAACCAGCCCGGCUUCGCCUUCAGCAGGAACGGACCCGUCAAGAGGACCGCCGUCACCCGCGUCCUCGUCUGCAGACCCAGGAGGACCAAACCCAGCCUGUCGGAGUUUCUGGAGGAGGAGGACGACGACCAGGAGCGGCAGCGGGCGUACAUCAGCGGACACCACCGGCUGUACUUCCACAGCGACGGCUGCCUGCCGAUGAGGCCUCAGGAGAUGGAGGUGGACAGCGAGGACGAGAGGGACCCUGAUUGGCUCAAGGAGAAGACGGUGAAGCAAAUCGAGGAGUUCACCGACGUCAACGAGGGCGAGAAGGAGAUCAUGAAGCUGUGGAACCUCCACGUCAUGAAGCACGGGUUCAUCGCCGACAAUCAGAUGGAGUCGGCCUGCCUGCUGUUCGCCAAGCACAACGCCGCCGCCAUCUUGGAGCGCAACCUCGGCCGCAACUUCCUGUUGCACCUGAUCAGCAUGCACGACUUCAACCUGAUCAACACGCUGACCGUCAACAGCGCCAUGGCGCUCCUCCACAACGCCCUCCAGAGCCAGAGGGCGAAGAGGGACAAAGGCCAGGAGGAGGAGGAGGACGACGAAGAGGAGGAGGAGGACUGGGAGACGGCGGCGGAGUCCCAGCCGGAGCCCGAUCCGGACCUGGACGCCUCGGAGUUCAAGCCCUGCAGCGAGGAGAGCCAGACCUCGCAGGAGCAGCAGUAAGACGGGGAAAACCAAACGGCAGGUAGCAGAACCCUGAAGUGGACCCAAACGUACGAUGGCAGCUGCCAGCAGGGACGGGCGAGUCGUUUUCUGCCAUCAGGACCCGUUAAACCAAGAGUUAAUUUGACGUUCACGUUUUUUUUAGGGUUUUAACUCUGAGAUUCAAAGGUGCUACAUCUGCUAUCGAGCUUCAAUCAGAACCGACGACGUCCGGUUCGGUUUUCUCCUGGUGGUUCAUUUUCCAGAUUUCCACACACGCUUUUGUUUUUUAUUUUUAUUUUCCAGUCCUCGGUUCGGGGGAUCGAACCCGGAAGAGGAGCGGCUCUCAGGCUCGCUGAUGUCACAGCCACCUGCUCCACCGAGCAAACGUCCGUCAGCUUUUAAAAAAAUGUCGGGAACAAUAAAGUUUUUUUUUUUUUUUUUUGUCUUGCCGUACAUUUUAGCAAAGAGAAGCCCGGCUAGUUGAGCCUCAGCCACGUCUUUAAUUCUGGGCCUCGGGUUUAAUCCGUCACGUUUAAGGUUGUGCAAGAUGUCGUAACUCUGCUAACCGACUCUGUUUUUGCUUCUUUAAGGCAGAAAAGCAAAAAAAAACAAAAACAACAAAAAAAAUAAUAUAAACUGAUCCUGGAUAUCCUGAACCAGCAGAAACGGCAGCUUCCUGGUUUUAUCACUGGUGCUACAAAGUGUUUUACUCCUCAGAACUGACCUGUCGACUGUCUAACAGCGCCACCUACUGCCAGCUUUCAAACAUUUCCUCUUCUUCUUAAGAGCUUGACGUUUCCCCCCACCGAGGCAACCAGCGGUUUGUAGUUCGAAACCCGUUUUACUCGGUUUGCCUGUGGCUUCCUGCCGUAUCUAUGGUGGAAACGAGGUGCUUUUCCUGUCUGGGUGUUUGUAUAUAAAGCUGCGGGUUGAAAUGUUUACCUUUUUUUAUUUUAAAUUAGUUUGGGAACAAAAUGGAGCGUCAUGCAGCAGCUUUUGUUUUUAGUCACCGGACCAAAGGGGCUUCGCUCACUGCUUCUCUGCUCUUGUCUCACGGUUUGCUGGGGUUUUAUUAUUUCCCUUUUCUGAAAGGCUUGGCAUCCAGAACCACCUCCGCCUUCGGACGACCCGAUGAGCCCAGUCCGGACGCUGAUGCUGCCUUACGUUAACCGCUCCAUCCGAGCCCAUGUCUGCAGAACCAGCUCCCAGGCGAGGCUCCGCAGCAGCCGCCUGGCUCUCGGCUUUAAACAAGUCCGACUUUUUGUUGUUUUCUUGACUGGAUCGUUUUAUUUCUUCACAACACCAGCAGCAUUUUGCACAAGAUGGGAGGAGCCAUGUCAAAUAAUAAUGAUUUAAAAAAAUAAAUAAAAUUAAGACUGAUCUUAAAUAAUGCUGUAAAACAAAACAAACAAAAAAAAAAAAAAUCCAACAGGGUGAUGUAAAACUGUUGAGUCAGAAUUGUUUUCUAAUAAAGUAAUGAUGUGAAAAA